ACUUCCUUUUCAAAAACAAAAUGGUUGACCGUGUUUACUGAUGCCUUUGCAUCUGUUUCUGUUGUAUUCUUAAUAAAUGUAAUUUUUAUUUUUUGAAACAAAAUAAAAAAUAUGUUUUCUGCAGAAAUUUCACUGUUAAUUGUCGAGGGCAAUAGAAGAGACGUCUUAGUGAAACAUUAUGUGUAAUACUCUUUUGACAAUGGACAAAGUUACCAGCAAAACUAGUAGCCUUAAAGCUCUUUUAUUAAGAGCUUGGCGUGAACGUUGGAGUGAUUUGCAGUGGGGAAUAAAUAUUAAAACUAUUUUACCACGUGGUGUGAGUGGCGAUGUUUAUAAUCUAGCCGAUUGUAUACUUCAACAAGCAUUAGUUGGUCCGGGUCCAAAUCAUUUAGUACUCUCCUACCUCAAACAUUCGCUUAGUUCUCAGCUUGUUUCAUAUGCGGCCGUUUUGCAACGAAUUAGCAAAUAUGACGCAUUUCAUAAGCCACAUUGCAUUUUGAGUUUAUUGAAUUUCCUGGAAACAAUUCACAUUGGAAUAACGUGUCGUGGAAAACCAGAGGAGGAUCUUCUUGCCGCAGCAGUAUUGUCGGUUGUACAUUGGUUACUACAAUGUUAUUUACACGCAUUAUCGAAAGCGCCACAAAAUAAUCCCCUAAAUCCACAAUCAUCUGAAUUAAUCGAUAAACCCGCCAGUAUUCUCAAAGAAAUGCUCAAUUCCAAUUUUAUUUGCGCCAUGAUGUACUUAGCGAAACACGACGAUAAAGAUUUAUACGCGGAGGUUGUUAAAAAAUGUCAAGAAAUCGAAGUACUUCAUCGUGGUAAUAAUGUGAAAUCAACAAUUAUAUUGGAUGAGACAUUAAAAAAGUUGUGUGCAUUAGAAAUUGAAAAUAUGUCACAUUGUUCAACGAGAAUUGACAUGGAACCAAUAACGCAUUGUUUACAAUCAUUGUUGGCAGUUCAGGGAUCAUUAAAUUCAAGUACAGAAACGGCAACUUUUGUCAGUCAAUUGCAAAUGGUGCAAAGAUUGAAGAAUUACACAAAUGCGCGACUUUAUUGUGAACUUAUCCGCGCUAGUUUAAUGAGUUUACACAGUGUCGCUGGAUCAUUUAGCGAAUCCCAUUGGGGGGCUUUUAUCUUCUUGAAAGUUCCAAUUAUUCUUAAAGAAUUGCACGCAGCAACUUUAACUGGCGAUGAAAAAUUUGAAUACUCACAGGAUAUUUUGGAGGCUUUUGAACUGUUACUUCAUUUCACGCCAUUGUUGGAUAAAAUUGACGCAACAUAUUUGUGUAAUUGCAUCGAGAGUAUAUUGAAUAAAUUGCAAAAAGUGAAUUUAGUCACGGAGAAACAAGCAAAACAGAUAAGUAGCCGAAGGGAGGGAAUGACAGUUGCACUGCAAAAACUCGAAACGCCAAUCACAUCAACGUCGGUUAUUCCAAAAGUGAUAAUGCGCGCCGAACAAACAUUAAGUGGUUUAUUAAAAACAUUAAAUGCCGAUUAUGCAAAAAUAAAGGAUGCACUAUUAAGUAUGUUACAUCAAAUUCUCGCGGGGAAAAGUUUUGAUUUAAUAAUGGCAGUUGCUUCGGUUGAGGGUAAACUUAAAGCAUUUGUGACGAAGAUGAUAAAAUUUAAUGAGGCAAGUAAACAAGCAAAUGAACAACCGGUUAACGAUAAGUCAACAUCAACGCGAAGUAUUAUUUUCGAUGUUACAUUCCUGAUGCUCUAUUCAAUUGUACAAACAUAUGGUUGUGAUGUACUCGAGGAAGGUGGCGAUUCAUUUUUCGAACAAUGGGUACGUGAGUGUAUGCCAGAGCGUGGAAAACCAAAAUCACCGCAUAAAAUGCUGCAGAAUAUUGAUCAGAGUGUUGUUGAUUCAUUGUUACAACAUAUUUAUUCGGGUGAAAAUGAUUUUGUCACGAGUACAAUGAAUUGGGAUGGUACGUGUCAAGCGGCAAUGGGUGUUGUUAAGGAAUUACUUAUUGGAUGGGAAUGCGGUGGUUUGAGUGCUGGUGAUGUGAAACGUGCGCUAGAUCGUUUACGUAAUGGUUUUUGUUGUUUGCCAGUUUGUGCGACAACAUGGCUGUGCGCACAUAUGAGCAUUACUAAUCAAGAUGCACUUUUGAAACCAAUGAAUAUGGUACAACAAUUUUUAACUCCCGCUACAAGCGACGAGUCACAGGAAUAUUACAAGGAGAGAUCAUUGUUAAUGUUCCAAAUAAUACGAAAAAUGCAAUACGAUGUCCGGCCACCGACGCAAUCGAAGAAAGUUCUCACCGUCUCUCACAGUCUGAUAUCUCGUCAACCAAUUUUGGAACAAUUGGAAUCAAUAUGGCAGGAUAUUCAUCAUCGUGGUUGGAUUAAUAUUCAAGCGGCGGAAGCUCUCGUUUCUUUAUUAAAUACAGGCGGAUCUCUUUGGUUUGUUUCAAAUCUAGUGAAGGCAACGUUAAAAUAUAAAUAUCAAGAGGAACUUGACAGAGCCGUUGAUUUGACUUUUGCCAUUUUUCAUUUCGACAUUGAAAAUUGUACUCUUGAUCUCAUCAAUAACGUUGUUCCCCAGUAUUUGUAUAAUAGCUUACAAAGUGAAGAAUUAGUUGAGCCACAAUCAUUUGUAUUGGCAAAAUUAUGCGUUUAUUGUAUAUUUUCAACGCUCGAAUAUAAUAAUACAAAUCCACAGCAUGGUAAUAGUAGAAAACGUACACGACAUGAUUUAGAUGCCGAUGAAUUGGAUGCACUUGGUGUGCCGGCAAAUAAAAUUUUAAGACUGAAUGAAGCUGGCGAUUCAAAUCCAAUAUUUGGAUCAAAUUCACCGCAAUCACAAUUACCAACGAAUGGACAAAAAAUGAUUUUAUUACGCGAUCCACUUUUAUCGGCGUUGAAUAAAAUUUUCAAUAAUUUCACAUAUCUCGCCGGUAGAAAUGGUGAGGUCUCACAGCAAACGCAUUUUAUUCUACAAUUUUUGCGUUUAAUGGUGCAAUGUGGAAAAGAUAGAACGCGAAUUGUUCUACAGGAAAUGCCGCAAACUUUGGUGCCUUGUCUUCUAAAAGCACUGCCGGAAUGUUUCACAACUGAUUUACUAUUGAGGUUGUACGACAUUCAAACAGCAGCGGGCCGAAAAGCAACUGCACGCGAUUUGUGCAUGCUACGAAAUAUUAAUAUGAAACCUGCCAAAUGAAUUUUUGGAAACGUUAAUCGUUUCUAAUUAAUUAGUGUAAGGAAUUUGUAUGUUAUAUUUGUUAUACGGUGUACAUAUUUCCUUUUGAAACAAAAGAUAAUUAUUCUCCCCCCUGUGUCUAAAGAAAUUUUUUUUCCUAUGAAAACUUGGGCUUUUCUCUCAUUUAAAAAUCCAAUUUUAUCGUUUCGUACUUUAAACAUUAUUUUAAUUUAUAAUUCUUAUAUAUGAAAAAUAAAUAUUUUAAAGUAUAUAUAAACA